AUGGCCACAGCGAAGCAGCUUUCCAAGAUGACAGUGUCGCCGCGGCGAUGGUUUGCGCGCGGUCAUGCCGACCAUGGCUGGCUCAAGACGUACCACACCUUCUCCUUUGCCAACUACUUUGACCCCACACACAUGCAGUUCUCGAACCUGCGCGUCAUCAACGAGGACCGCGUUGCCCCCGGCACCGGCUUUGGCGCCCACCCGCACCGCGAGGCGGAGAUCUUUAGCAUCGUGCUGGGCGGCGCGCUCGAGCACAAGGAUAGCAUGGGCAACACCGAGAUCCUCAAGCGUGGGGAUGUGCAGUUCACCAGUGCCGGUACGGGCAUUCGGCACAGCGAAAAGAACGGCGGCAAAGACGAGGUGCACUUUCUCCAGAUCUGGUACACCCCCGACAUCCCGCGUCUCGAACCGCGCUACUAUACGGCGCAUUGUAGCGACGAGGAAAAGACCAACGCCUUCAAGACGCUCAUCCAACCCGCUCGCACCUUGGGCGAUGUCAAGCCGGGUGAUUUGCCCAGGGGAGGCGUGAUUCCAAGCCAUGCGGAUCUCGUCACACGCAUGAGCAUCAUCACCCCCACUAGCAAGGUCGACCACGUCGUGGGGACGGAUACCGGCGCAGAGGGCGAGAGGUGGCUGUACGUCCACCUCGCCCAAACUUCGGGGUACAAAGACCCCCGCAGUCGGGGUACCAACGCGUCCGAAGCGCAGCUGACCUUCAAGGACGCCAGUGGUGCCGAUGUUGUGCUGGCAGAGGGAGACGGUGCGUACAUCAAGCACGCAAGCGUAGGCGACACGCUCAGCUUCACCAACACUGGCGGCGCCAACGCCGAACUAGUGCUGUUUGAUCUUCGUCCCGAGGCCUGA